CCAUGCACUUCACGUUGCAGGGCUUCCCCGCGAUGAUCACCCUGGUGUCCGUGGAGCCGACGGCGCCGGACGAACUGAUCGGGGCGUACACGCGUCAAUUCCCGGCCCCCCACCAGAUUCAGGUCAUGCCCUUUUUGCAGGUAGGUCGGGCUCCCAGGGUUUCGUUAGGGGGGGGGGGUAUGUCUAAACAAAAGAGUUACGCCUUUAAUCUUGUAUUUACGCUGUCAACAUUGCCUUAUAAAUAACACUGUCCUUUUAAGAAAAACAUUGCCCUAUAAAUGACAUUGUCAUGUAAAUAACACUUCCAUAUAGAUAACAUUGGCAUAAAUAUGACAUUGCCAUAUAGAUGACAUUGCUAAAGAUGGCACAGCCAUUUAAAUAAAUUUGUAAAAUUAAGUACCUUUGCCAAAUAGUUUACAUAAGCAUUUAGCUGUCAAUAACAGUUGAAUGACAACAUGUUCAUGACAUCUCCAUUUCAAUUAAAUGAUGAAAUGACAACACAGUUUUUGUAUGUAAAAUGUACAAGAGGCAACACGUUAUAACAUUUAACAUUAAGAUAACACCUAACCAUUUCAUGGACAUGACUCUAAAUUGAAUUCUAUGUAAUCUAUCGCGGGCAAAGUGUGAAAUCCGGGCAUUCCACAGAAGGUCUAGGCAAUGUGUAAAAAGCCGUAUAUAUUUUCUACAUUCGUCAGAUAUUCUAUAGAAUGCCUGGCUUACAAAAAUCGCCUGCGAAACAUCGACUUAAAAUGAGCGGAGUUCUACAACAGGCCCGCACAACACAUGGCGGCCCGCACAACACAUGGCGGCCCGCACAACACAUGGCGGCCCGCACAGCACAUGGCGGCCCGCACAACACAUGGCGGCCCGCACAACACACGGCGGCCCGCGAAGUAACGAAAUACUCUGUAGUAUUAUUAUUUUCUUAAUAGCUUGCAACCCCCGCCACCCCCACCCCCACCCAAAAAAAAAUAUUUUUUUUACAUUUUUUUUUAAAAUCCUAUUUUCUUUCGGCACGCACACGGUUUUCAUAAAGUAUUACGGCCCGCCUCACAUUUUAAGUUGUGCAGGCCUGCCAUACAAUAUGCGCGUUGAGUCCACACCAAGUCUCAUGACAGUCACGACAGUCGUAUGAGUAAGAACAUGGCAAAACAGUCGUAGAAGUAGCUAGAUUGACACAAAAGUCGUAGAAGAUUAACUUGACACAAUGGUCGUAUAAGUAGCUAGAGUAACACGAUAGACGUAUAUGUAGCUAACUUGACACAAUAGUCGUAUAAGAAAUUAUAUUAAUACAAUAGACGUAUACGUAGCUAACUUGACACAAUAGUCGUAUAAGAAAUUAUAUUAAUACAAUAGACGUAUACUUAGCUAACUUGACACAACAGUUGUAUACGUAACUAGAUUAACACAAUAGACGUAGAAGUAACUAACUUGAUACAAUAGUCCUAUAAGUAGCUAGAUUAACACAAUAGACGUAUACGUCGCUAACUUACACAACAGUCCUAUAAGUAGCUAGCUUGACACAAUAGUCGUGUACGUAGCUAACUUGACACAAUUGUCGUACAAGUAGCCAGCUUGACGUUUCUAACCAAAGUAAAUAUCACUUAAACCUCGUGAAUCUACCUUUCAAAUAAUAUCUAGCGUUUCAUUUUUUUUGUAACGGACUAUGUUUUCACAUGUAAACAGAGAGGUAGCAUGAGUGGACAGUGAGUGUGUUCACCAGGUUUUUCCACGGGGAGAGACAAUCAAUGUGGAUUGUAUUUUUGAGAACAAAUGUGAACUAUAUGUUUUCACAUGUAAACAGAGAGGUAGCAUGAGUGGACAGUGAGUGUGUUCACCAGGUUUUUCCACGGGGAGAGACAAUCAAUGUGGAUUGUAUUUUUGAGAACAAAUGUGAACUCCACGUUUUUGGAGAGUAAAAUUAUGUUUUUGUCAGAGCGGUUGUUUUGCACGCUUUGCUGGUAAUGAAGUAUGAGUUGACUGAUAUAGUAGAGAGCUGAGCGCAGAGCAGUAGAGUCAGUCAGUAGCGUGAGAGCUGUGUGAUUAGACAGUUGAGCUGAGGACGUGUCUUUCUUAAUGAUGGAAUACUAUAUAUGUGAAAUUACAUUCAUGCAAGGAUUAUUUAUUAAUAUUAUCAAUAUAAAGUGUGUUCAAUAAAGUACUGUGAGUUUUAACUAGAAUUGAGCAUUCUUCUUUACGUGCCUGAAUAAUAAGUGAAAGAAUGAAGAAGACUGAGUCGGCAUCCUGAAGCGUUAAUAUAAGUAACCAUACUACUGACAUAACCCACAGCAUAAGAAAUAACAUCCCACGCCAUGUCAGAGUAGAAGUGUGUUACAUUUUUAUUGUGGCUUUUUUUUUUCUUUCUUUUUUUAAAGUUAAUUUUCUUAGCGCGUCCUGGUUUCUUCGUCCUGACGUUUGCCACAAGUGACAGAGCUGAAGAGUUUGAUAACAAAGUCUACUUUGCGGCCCAGAUAAUGAACGACACCAGCAUUGGUUUCUUUAAGAGCAAAAUCGUACACGGAGAAGGAAUCAUCGUAAGUAUAGAAAUUUUAAAAAAUAAAACGUUUGUAAAAAGUUUUUUGAUUUCACCUUUUAUAAGUCUUUAAAAAAAAAAAUCAUUGCACCAUAUUUCCUUCAUUUUCCCCUUGAAAAACAUGAAAAACUGGAGUGAAAAUUUAAAAGGAUGUGUUGUCAAGUUUCAGCUCGAUGGGAUGACAGGAAGUGUGUGUGGGGGAGGGGGGAGGGGGGCUAUAAGCCCUCCGCAGAUUUUGCCGCCAGAAGAAACACACGAACAAAAACUAAGUUAAUAUAAAGCACUUGAAAACUUAUGGAUAAACUUCGUGACAAAAAAUAAAAUUGAGAGAUUUAAAGUUUUAAAAAAUGUGUUUUUCCAAACCGUCGAUAUGGUAAUUAUGUGUGUCAGGAACAAUAAAGUAUCUAGAAGUUGAGUAGAAUGGAAAGCGCUAUAGUUUAACAAAUGUACAGCAGUUGAUGGAAUAAAAUCGCAAUCGGGAGAUUUAAGCAAUCAAAUUUUUUUCUUCAUUAUUGUUUUCCAACUAUUCCAAUGUUUUCCAAAAAUUCUAACGUUUUACAACUAUUGUAUUGUUUUCCAACAAUUCUAACGUUUUACAACUAUUGCAUUGUUUUCCAACAAUUCUAACGUUUUACAACUAUUGUAAUGUUUUCCAGCUUUUCUGAUGUUUUCCAGGUAUUCUCAAACUGUCAACUUAACAAUAAUAAAAAGGAUUACGUAUAAUGAUUUUAAAUUGAUCGAAGAAGACAGGAAAAUAACAUUUGAUCUCGUAUGAAUUUCAUAUAAUAUUUUGUUCCAUCCCGGGAACCGUUCACAGGUACAAGUACUUCUAAACACACACGUCCAGGCCGAGCUUGGCAGCGACUACUCUGUCCAAACC